AUGUCUUCAGCUGCAGCUGGGGGCUCGCGUGCCCUUCACUGGGUACUCAAGAUCGGAAGCUUGAAGAAGUCCAUGACGUUCUUCGAGAACGUUCUCGGCCUGAAGGUGCUUCGGCACGAGGAGUUCGAUGAGGGCUGCGAGGCCACCUGUAACGGCCCCUACGGCGGGGCGUGGUCCAAGACGAUGAUCGGGUACGGACCGGAGGAGGAGGGCUUCGCCCUGGAGCUCACGUACAACUACGGCAUCGACGGCUACAAGAACGGGGACGACCUGCAGUACAUCUGCCUGCAGCUGGACGUGGAGGCGACCAAGGCUAAGGCGGAGGCCGAGGGUUACGCCUGCGCGGCGGCCAGCGGCGGAGGCGUUCUCAUCUCCGGGCCGGACGGUUACAAGUACAAGGCGAUCCCUUCCAUCGAGGGGAGGAAGGAGCGGUUCGUUUCGGUGGGGCUGAAGGUGUCGGACCUGCCGGCGUCCACGGCGUACUGGUGCGAUCUGCUCGGCAUGUCCAAGUUCUCGGCGCCGGCGCCCGUGAGCGAGCCGGGGGAUGGUGUGGGCUUGUUGAGCGAGACUGUGGGCUACGGCGAGGAGCAGGUCAAGCUCGAUUUGCUGCAGGCUCCGGGCGCGGAGAAGACUCCGAUUGACCACGGGUUGGCCUCUGGCCGCAUCGCGUUCGCGUGCGACCUCGUGCCCCCCAUCCACUCGGAAGCGGCGGCCGCGGCCAGCGGCACCGUGAUCACGCCGCCCUUGACCCUGCCCACCCCCGGGAAGGCGGACGUGGUGGUCACCAUCCUCGGCGACCCCGACGGCUACGAGAUCUGCUUCGUGGAAGCCGUCGCCUUCUACCAGCUGGCGGAGCCCAAGUACGACGUCAUCGACUUCGAGUCCAGGGCCACAAGGGGCGGGGACGGCGCCGCCCCCCCCAAGAGCGAGAAGCUGCAGCACGCCGCCGGCGUUACCGCAGCGGUGACGACGCCGGAGGAGGUGGCCGAGGCGGUCGCCGCGGCGUCCGGCGACGGACUGGUCUUGUUGGACUUUGGCGCGGGCUGGUGCAAGAACUGCAAGAAGAUGGUGCCGGCCAUCGAAAAGCUGGCCACGGGGCCCCUCGGGGAAAAGCUCAAGGUGCUGACGGUGGACAUCGACGAGGCGGACGAGCUCGCGGACGAGUACGACGUGAGCGGCGUGCCGACCUUCGUGGCGCUGAGGGGCGGCAGGGGCGACAAGGCCGACGAGUACAAGGGCAACGAUCCCGCCGCGUUGGAGGCCAAGAUCUCGGCGUUGCUCGGGUAGUCGGAUAUAUGGGUCCUCGAGGUUGUUGUGUGCUUUUCGUUGGCCGGCCACGGCAGCAGCCUGUCUCCUCGUUCCUCUGUGAGCGUAGCACUGCAGAGGGUGGUUGAAAACCCGUUCCUCUGGUGGUUGUAUCGUUCUAUGAUCAAGUCAUUUUCGGCGGUGCAUGGAAGUCGGGCUUGGUUCUUGUCGGUGAGUCAAGCUUUCCGCGUGGUGCGGGAGGUCUGGUGCUGGGUACGCACCGGAAGAAAUUUUGCGAAUUCCGUGACGGUGCCACCCCCGCCCCUCCCCACCCCUCCCUCAAUCCCGUCGUCGUCGGGAAUGCCGAGCACUCUAGCUACCAUUUCUGCGAUUUUGGCGGGUCCAUGCUCCAGCACCUUCAAGUGUAAGCUAGGUUGAUUCGGAGGCGGGGUUAUCCAAGUUCGCUUGGCAUCGUUUUUCAAGGUUUCCCUGUAGACGAAAGGUAGGUGGCGACCGAAUCUGACGGUUGUUUUGGAGGGUGGCGUGGAGUGAAUCGGCGUAUUCGUGUGGUUUUUACUGUUUGCUGUUUGGUUCUGCAAAUUUUGGUAAGGCCGUGUACACGUGGCAGGCGUGGGUAGGAGACCUAGAUCCUGCCAUACUUUCGUGGCUUUUGGUAGACGCGUGUGUGUUUGGUCUGUAAUUUUGUUAUUGUUACCCCUGAGGCUUGUGGGAUUGAAAAGUUUUGUCACGGAGGUCAGUAGUACCGGUUCCUCCGAGGCACCGGUAGCUUACGUCUUCCCCUGAAAGUGUCGUGUACUUUAGAUGUGUUCGUACAAUUGCUUCAUGGAGUAUUGCUUCGCCCGAGGACGUCUUAGCCAAAAAUAUCACCUG